AUUCAAUUGGGUUCGGAUCAGCUUACUUUCAGUUCCUGAUAGUUUCAUUUUAAGUAACCAUCAUUAUUUUCAACAUAAUUCUUUCAGCUGGUGAAUCAUGAAUCCUCAACAAGCAGAACCAUGAGCAGCACCUGGAAAUCCUUCGAUGUCGAUUGAGGGUCCAACUGCCCCACCGGUAAGCAUGUUGGAUUCAGUGGCUGGCUAUGAAUCAAUAGCCAUAGGUGGUGAGGAAAGGUAUCUGCCUCCCCCAGUUUAUCCAGUGACUAUUGCAGAGGGUGGCCAAUCACAGCCUGUUCAGCAAUGGAGUAUUGCGUCCAUCGAUGAGGAUGCAGCUAGACAAGCAUUGAUCAAGUUUGCAUCUGAUCAUGUCACCUACAGCCGUCGCCCUGCCGAAGAAAUGGUCUUCAAAGAUUUAAAACCAUUUGACUUGUACAGGUAUCGUCUAGAGAGCUUCACUGAAUCCAGAUCACCUGAAUGGAAGGGUGAACCUUACCACAAUCAGAUUAUUGACAACUGUGGCUUUGGGCCCCCUCCCCCUCCAUGGGAAGUGGCAGUUGACAUUCCAAAAAUGUUUGAGAAAAGUAGAAAGAAAAUACAGGUGCCUCACACUGCCUCUGUAAAGGAGUGCCACAACUGCAUGGCCAUGGGUAAAGUCCCAUGCAAUAAGUGCUUUCAAACAGGAUGGGUGAAAUGCUGGGUUUGCCUUGGCAAAGGAAAUCGACUUGGCAAUGACAGAUGUGAUUAUUGUAUGGGCAAUGGGAAGAUGAGAAAGAGCAUACAUGCACUAGAAAAGACACAGGAGCCAUCAUCUCUUGUGAAGCAGAUCUUUGGAAGACACCAAGUAUGCUAUGUACAUACUGCUCUGGAUAUGGCUGUCAGGAGUGCAACGAAUGCCAGGGCCAAGGGCCAAGGCCAGUUGUUUUUCUACAUUCAGUUGACAGUGAAAUGGGAAAACAACAAAUUUGAGCAAGUUGUUGAACAGCAAUGUGGAUUUCCGACACAGCUCCUCAGCAAAGUCAAUGGGCAGCAGCUCUUCAGUGAUCAACAGGUUCAGGUGUAUCCUGUAAUGAACUUCCCAGAGGCUAGGAUUAAGCAGGCAUCCCAACAGGGGAUCCAGGAGCACUGGACUCAGUUUGGCAAAACCUCGCGUAUAAUCCAGCAGCGCCAUUCAAUUGAACUCAUUCCUGUCACUGAAGUGCACUUCCAGUGGAAAGGAAAAGAUCACACCUACUUUGUAUGUGGCACCGAAAAUAAGGUUCAUGCUCCGGAAUAUCCUGGGAAGACCUGCACAAUUAUGUGACGUGAUUUAUGCACAAUUUAAUUUUCCCUAUACUGCACAACUAUUUAAAUGUUUCUAAUAAAGUAUAUCUCCAGAAAAUGUUGAACGUAUUUACCAAUAGGAAGAUUAAUAAAUGGGUUGAUUUACACAUAUACAAAGAUAUAAUAAGCAGCUCAAUAUACUGAAGUAGUCCUUGCUGUAGGAAUGAGGAAAAGAUAAUAAACCAAAUUAACUUAUCUUGAAAGUUGGUGCACAGAGUUAUCUGCUUAUACAAAAGCAAGUUUUAAGUUUUAUCUAUACAGGCCAUUCAGCCAUUAAACUGUAAUACUGGCUGCAAUUUAUUGUUGAUGAUGGGAUCUCACCCGCCAGUUGCAGAACGGGCAGGAGCCCCGUAUCACCUCCAUGCGGUGGCCCUACAGAAUUAAGUGCCCAUCAGGCACUUAAGUGGCCAGCAUUGGGCCUUUCCUGGGAUCUAAGACCCAGGGCUAGAAAGCCUGACCUCCCAAAAGCUGCUGGCCAAUCAGAGGCCAGCACUUCUCCAUUACAGGCAACGACACUGGUAGUGGUGCCAGUAAUGCACCUGAAGGACCCCAGGCUAGAGGGGAGUGAUGGCAGGUAGGAGGUUGGGAAUGUGGAUCGAUAGCUAACGGGAGGAGGGAGCUUAGAAGAAAAGGCAGGAGGUUGGAACUCAGUGAGCAGCCACCCCUUUUCUAAUGCUGGGUGCCUCCAUUGAGCACAGAGUGCCUGUGAAUGAUUGAACCCCCACUCCUAACCAUUCCCCCCCAGCUGGCUACUGGCAAACCUAACAGGGUUGCUAGAUGCACCCCGCUCCCUCCCCCCACACCCCUACCCCCAAGUCCUCCCCAGAAGGUGAGUCCCCUGCCUGCUGCUGGUUGAAUACUAGAUAGCAUGGUAGGAUGAGGCCCUUAAGCUGUCACUUUAGGGCCCCAAUUGGCCUCCGGGCAGAAAAGCUGCCUGCAAGCCUUCCUACCCCCAACUUAGUUGGAGAAAAGCAGGAGGGCAGCUGGAUCUCCACCCCGCACACUCCCACCUGAUCACAUGGCCUCCCCUCACCUUGGAACUCUCUGGGGUUUGGGGGGGCAUGGCCUAAAUUCUGCCUGCUGUCUCCAACCAGAUGCACAAUCCAAAUAGAAAUGUUACUGUGCAAUGAAUUUCCAUGUAAUUUAUAUAGAAUUAUACUCCAGUGCGUGUCCCAUCAUUCUGUACUUUUAAUUAUGUCUGUAUAUUGUAACAACAUUGCAAGAGAUGGAUUCAACAUCACUCUCAGAUCCAUUUCAGUGUCCCUGUGCUAAGUCUAUUUCUUUCAUCAUUUGUUGCCUUUUUUCACGUAGCUUGGAAUGUUUUUCAUUUUACAAACUAUGAGCAUUAAUUUUCAUUUGCUGUUUACCUAAUUGUGUAACUGAUCUAAAUUAAACUGCAAAUAUUUAACUGCA